AUGUCGAGCCCAGCAAAGAAGCGGAAACUGAACUCUGAUACAAAGAAAAAGCCCGCCUCUGCCAGAGGACUAGAGUACUUCUUUGCGAAGCAAAGAGAUAAUGGCUUUUCCCAAAACACUCCGACAGCUCAAGACGGCACAGCACAGGCAGAUCGGUUAGAGCAGCCGUUGACAGACGAGGAGCUUGCGAGGAAGCUCCAAGCUGAGUGGGACGCCGAAGCCAGGGGCUCCGGUCACAGUACCCCAAGCGCGGACCCCAACCGAACUGAUGCCAACCCUGCGUCCUCGUUACCACGCCAGUUGUUUGCUGUGGACACACGUUCCGAGUUGCCAUCGUCAGAAGUCUCUGCCCAGUCCACGGCAACAAAGUCCAAGAACACCCUAACACUGUCUUCAGAUGCGGCGACAGAGGACCAGAUGUCAGCAUCUAUUCCCUUGGAUGAAAGCCCACUCACGUUCACUCCGGCCAAGUACAUCCCACAACUCCAAGCGUGCUGGGCUGCAGACGGCGGCGAUGCUUCUUACGCUCUGCUCACACAAUGCUUUGUCUUGGUCAAUAGCACCCCGAGUCGCAUCAAGAUUGUUGACACACUUGUCAACUGCAUUCGGCUGUUGGUGGAGGGAGAUCCCUCGAGUCUGCUGCCCGCAGUGUGGUUAGCCACGAACGCCAUAUCGCCCCCGUACAUCUCCAUGGAGCUCGGUCUUGGAGGGUCUGCCAUCUCCAAGGCGCUCAAGCAGGCUUGUGGACUGGACAACCGAGCUCUCAAGGCCCUUUACGACAGGGUUGGCGAUCCCGGUGACGUGGCGUUUGAAGCCAAGAAGAAGCAGAGCUUUACCCUGCGCAAGCCGAAGCCCCUAACCAUCAAGGGUGUCUUCCAAUCGCUCGUCAAGAUUGCAAAAGCUCAAGGACAAGGCAGCGGUGACGUGAAGCAGCGGAUUGUGGACAGGCUUCUGCAGGAUGCUCGCGGAGGCGAGGAGAGUCGCUACAUUGUCAGGACCCUGUGCCAGCAUCUACGGAUUGGCGCUGUCAAGACGACCAUGUUGAUCGCUUUGUCUCGGGCGUUCUUACUGUCAAAGCCUCCUGGCGCGGAAUUUCCGACACGAGACCCACAAGAUUUGGCCAAACUGAAGAAGGAGGAGCUUGCAGGGGUCUGGGCGAAGGCAGAAGAGCUCGUCAAAGCCUCCUACGCCCGCCAUCCCGACUAUAACGACCUGAUUCCAGUGUUGCUCGGAAUCGGCGUCUCCGAAGAGCUCCUCGUCCGGUGCGGUUUGACUCUGCAUAUACCCUUGCGACCCAUGCUGGGAAGCAUCACCCGAGACCUGUCGGAUAUGCUCACCAAACUGCAAGGCCGCGACUUUGCUUGCGAGUUCAAGUACGAUGGACAGCGAGCGCAGGUUCAUUGCGACUCCAAGGGAAAAGUCUCGAUUUUCUCGAGGCAUUUGGAACUCAUGACAGACAAGUACCCCGAUCUUGUGGCCCUUGUCCCGAAGAUUAGGGGUGAAGGGGUCGAGAGUUUCAUCAUGGAAGGCGAGGUGGUGGCCGUGGACCAUGCCACUGGGAAACUGAAGAGUUUCCAGACGCUAACGAACCGGGCGCGGAAGGAUGUUGUCAUUGGGAGUAUUACCAUCGACGUCUGCCUAUUUGCAUUUGACCUCAUGUAUCUCAAUGGCCAGUCUCUUCUCGACCAACCUUUCAGGCGGCGGCGGGACCUGUUGCGAUCGUUGUUUGUGGAGAUUCCCCACCAUUUCACCUGGGUGAAGAGCCUCGAUGCCACUUCUCAAGAUUCGGAACCGGUCCUCGAAUUCUUCAAGUCGGCCAUCGACAGCAAGUGCGAGGGGAUCAUGGUCAAAACGCUCGAUAACCUCCCUGACCUCGAGUACCGCGGCGACGAGCCCCAGCAGGAGGACGAUGGAUCAUCAAAUAAACCGCCUGCCCGUAUCAAGAAGAACUGCAAAGCAACCCAGCCCCAUUCCACCGCCACACCCCCUAUCAACCCUCCCAGAUCCCGCCGCAAACCCCUCCUGGCAACCUAUGAACCCGACAAGCGGCUCGACUCGUGGCUCAAAGUCAAAAAGGACUAUUCCUCCUCCUUCGACACGCUCGACCUGAUCCCGGUCGCUGGCUGGCACGGCCAAGGCCGCAAAGCCAAGUGGUGGUCGCCCAUCCUGCUGGCCGUGCGCAACGACGAGACGGGCUGCCUCGAAGCCGUGUGCAAGUGCAUGUCCGGGUUCACGGACGCCUUCUACAAGGCGAACAAGGAGUUUUACGACAAUGGCGAUGAGAGCGGCGAGCGGAGGAACACGCAUGCUCAGAAGCCUGGGUUCAUCGAGUAUUCUGGCGGGGUGCCUGAUGUGUGGUUUGAGCCGUGCGAGGUGUGGGAGGUGGCGUUUGCGGAUAUUACGGUUAGUCCGACCUACACGGCGGCUAUUGGGCUGGUCAAGGAGGACAAGGGCCUGAGCUUGCGGUUUCCGAGAUUCUUGAAGAAGAGGGAGGAUAAGGGGGUGGAGGAGGCGAGCACGAGUGAGUUUCUGGCUGGACUCUUCAGGAAGCAGGAGGCGAAAGCGUCGGCGGCGGGUGAGAGCAGGGUAGAGAGACAGGGGGACGGAGAAGAGGAGUGCAUGGAGGACUGA